AUGAUACAAAUUGUGCAGCUGCUUCUGCUCCUGCUCAUUUCCGCUCCGGAAUUCGCCACGUCAUGCACGCUGUGUCAUUUCCGCACGCCGCCGCGUCCGCGUCCGCUCGAUCAAUACAAGCUGCCGACGAUUUUCGGCGGCGCCGCCAAAAAUCGAUUGGAUUUGGAGCGAAUGCCCAAGUUUUGUGAGUCAACGGGGGUACUGUAGGUUACUGUAGCUCAAAAUUUGGAGCAUUUUGAAACCAAACAUGACUGGGGUACUGUAGCUCUGAAAUUCGGUAGAUCAAAAUUUGGAAUUUUUUGGAUUACUGUAGAUUACUGUAUUGUAUCUUUGCUCCAAAUUUCAUAAUCUACAGUAAUUUCCCAUCUACAGUACCCCCUCAAACUACAGUAAUCGAUAUUUCGGGGUACAAUUUGAAAGAUUCCAAAUUUUGAUCUACAGAAUUUCAGAGCUACAGUAACCCAAUCAUGUUUGGUCUCAAAAUGCUCCAAAUUUUGGGCUACAGUACCCUCCGGUGAUCUACAGUAACCCAAAAUGUUGCAGGCAACGCUUCCCGCCAACUUCCCAUCCACUCAGAAUGCCGUGAACAAUUCGAGAAGAUUUUCUGCUCCACAGAUUUGCUCACAGGUUUGAAAUUUUGAAUUUUUCGGAGUACUGUAGAGUACUGUAGGCGCCAAAUUCGAAAAUUUUUCAGAUUCGUUUUCCGGAUGCGGCGCGGCUACUACGGUAGCCACCAAAGAACAACAAUGCUCCGCGUGCGCUAAACAGAAGGCAGAAAAUAUGUGGGUGCUGAAAUGUGAGUUUUUUUCGGGGUACUGUAGGUGCGAAAUUACUGUAGAUUUUGAAAUUUGGAGCAUUUUGAGACCAAACAUGACUGGGGUACUGUAGCUCUGAAAUUCUCUAGAUCAAAAUUUGGAAUCUUUCAAAUUGUACCCGGUUUUUUUGGAUUACUGUAGUUUUAGGGGGUACUGUAGGUAAGAAAUUACUGUAGAUUAUCAAAUUUGGAGCAUUUUGAGACCAAACAUGACUGGGGUACUGUAGCUUUGAAAUUCUCUAGAUCGAAAUUUGGAAUCUUUCAAAUUUUACCCGGUUUUUUGGAUUACUGUAGUUUUAGGGGGUACUGUAGGUAAGAAAUUACUGUAAAUUAUCAAAUUUGGAGCAUUUUGAGACCAAACAUGACUGGGGUACUGUAGAUCCCGAGCGCCAGAGGCGCGAGUGUAAAGGAAGCUUCCGCGAAGCGGCCACGCCUACAGUACCUCUCUGAGGUACUGUAGCUUGUCUACAGUACCCCGCAGUUCAUGAUCUACAGUACCCCUGGGUUACUGUAGGUCCCGAGCGCCAGAGGCGCGAGUGUAUAGGAAGCUUCCGCGUAGCGGCCACGCCUACAGUACCUCUUGAAGGUACUGUAGCUUGAUCUACAAUACCCCGGGUUACUGUAGAUCCCGAGCGCCAGAGGCGCGAGUGUAAAGGAAGCUUCCGCGUAGCGGCCACGCCUACAAUACCCCGUAGCUCAAGAUCUACAGUACCCCCGGGUUACUGUAGGUCCCGAGCGCCAACGGCGCGAGUGUAAAGGAAGCUUCCGCGAAGCGGCCAUCCCAUACAGUACCCCCUCUGGGAUACUGUAGCUUGAUCUACAGUAACCUACUCUAUUUUUUUGUUGCAGGGUUCGACUCACUCGGCAAACCCGCCGCCGGCAUCACCGAAGGCAACUACUAUUGGCUGGGCGACUACGAGAUGUGCGCAGAGCUGCGCUCCACCCGCACCUUCUCCGGCCAAUACUGCCGCAUCGAAAUGGUGAUUCCGGACGCGGGCGUCGAAUCCGGCUGUCCGCAAACCGAUCCGCUCGAAAUUGUGUUGGGCGUGUGUUUUCCGCAAACGUGCUCCGUCGCGGAUUUGACGCGUGUCGCGCAAGCGUAUCUACCGUACUCGCUGAAGGUGCAGUGCGAAUCGGAGAGCUCCUGGUCACUCGUCACGUAUUUUUUGUUGUGAGUUGUUUUUUUUUUGAAUUUUCGAAUGUUCACGCUGAAAAACAAUGUGGCCUAGUUUUUCCAAAAGUUCGGCCACGUGGUUUUAUCAGCGCGAAAAUUGAGAUUUUUGAAUUUCUAAUUUUUCCCGCAGAAAAACCACGUGGCCUAGGAUUUUCGAAAGUUAGGCCACAUGAAUUAUGAGCGGGAAAAUUGAGAUUUUUGAAUUUCUAAUUUUUCCCACCGAAAAACCAUGUGGCCUAGUUUUUCCAAAAGUUCGGCCACGUGGUUUUAUCAGCGCGAAAAUUGUGAUUUUUGAAUUUUCAAAUGUUCCCGCUGAAAAAAACACGUGGCCUAGGAUUUUCAAAAGUUCGGCCACAUGGUUUAUAUGCGCGAAAAUUGGAAAUUCAAAAAUCCAAUUUUUCCCGAAAAAAAACAACACGUGGCCUAGUUAUCCCAAAAGUUCCACGUGGAUUUUAUGGCGGGAAAAUUGUGAUUUUUGAAUUUUCAAAUGUUCCCGCUGAAAAACUAUGUGGCCUAGGUUUUCCAAAAGUUCGGCCAUGUGGAUUAUGAGCGGGAAAAUUUGGAUUUUUGAAUUUUCUGGAAGAAAAUUUUGAAUUUUCAAAUUUUCCCACCGAAAAACCACAUGGCCUAGUUUUUCCAAAAGUUCGGCCACAUGGAUUAUGAGCCGGAAAAUUGAGAUUUUUGAAUUUUCUGGAAGAAAAAUUUGAAUUUUCGAUUGUUCCCGCUGAAAAAACACGUGGCCUAGGAUUUCCAAAAGUUCUUCCACGUGAAUUUUCUGGCGGCAAACCUUCGAUUUUUGAUUUUCCCCGCAGGCUCUGCGCCUUUCUCUGGCUCCUCCCACAAAUCUACUCAACCGCCUUCGAAAAUCAUCAAAUCGACUCGAUUUUGGGCUGUUUUUCGAUCGCCGAAAAUGCGAAACGAACAUUUUCGACGCGCCGACAAACGGCAGAAUUGCACACUGUGCACGGACUCGAAUUUCUCAUCAAUUUCACAAUUAUUUCCGGAAUGGUCUAUAAUAUUAUGAUGCCCUAUAUUGAGAAUGUCGCAUUUUCCUAUGAGGGAAUUUCGGAUUUUGGUAGGUACCGUAGGCCUGGGGUACUGUAGGUUUACUGUAGCUCGAAAUUUGCAACAUUUUGAGACCAAACAUGACGGGGGUACUGUAAUUUUGUAGAUCAAAAUUUGGAAGAGGGGUACUGUAGGCUCCAAAUUUGAUAAUCUACAGUAAUUUCCAACCUACAGUACCCCUACAGUAAUCCAAAAAAACCGGGUACAAUUUGAAAGAUUCCAAAUUUUGAUCUAGAGAAUUUCAGAGCUACAGUAACCCAAUCAUGUUUGGUCUCAAAAUGCUCCAAAUUUAGAGCUACAGUAACCUACAGUACCCUUUUUUGCAGCCAUGCACAUUGUCAACAACUACUCAUAUCAAAUCGACGGUCUUCUCGCACUCUCCGCCUUCUACACAACAUAUUUGCUUUUUGGAGUUAUCCAAACUCCACGGCAUGUUUUGGAGUAUAUUGGGAUGCGGUUUAUCAGGUGAAUUUUGAAAGUUGGAGCAGAAUGACACCAAACACGCCCUACAGUAGUUUAAAGGGACAUACAGUAACCCUGAGGAGUACUGUACUCAUGAGGAGUACUGUAGGCUUGGCCGCUUUGCAGAAGCUUCCUUUACACUCGCGCCUCUGGCGCUCGAGGCCUACAGUACCCCUCAAACUACAGUAAUCCAAAGAAUUCCAAAUUUUGAUCUAGAGAAUUUCAGAGCUACAGUAACCCAGUCAUGUUUAGUCUCAAAAUGAUCCAAAUUUUGAGCUACAGUACCCCCGAGAUCUACAGUAAUCCCAAAACUAUUUUUUUUCGCAGAUUCUGGCCAGCCUACGUCACCUGCGUCCUCUUUAUGUACAUAAUUUUCCCGGGCAUCUCCUCAGGUCCCAUGUGGAUUCACACGGAUACUGUAGAUCGUUGCGAGACCGGAUGGUGGAAAAAUCUGCUGUUCAUCAACAAUUGGUAUAAUGUGACGGAGACGUGUGUGGAUUUUGGAUAUGUGAUUUCGAUUGAGGCACAAUUCUAUGUGAUUUUGUUGGUGGUUAUUAUGUUGUCAGCGAAGUUGCCGCUUCUUAUGCAGGUACGGUGGGUUACUGUAGAUUUUUUGGCGCGAAAUUUGGCGCAGAAUGACACCAAACACGCCCUACAGUAGCUUGAAAAUUCAAAAAUCCAAGUUUCGCGCCUAGAAAACACAUGGCCUAGUUUUUGCAAAAGUUCGGCCACGUGGAUUAUGAGUGGGAAAAUUUGGAAAUUCAAAAAUUGUAACCCUGAGGAGUACUGUAGGCGUGGCCGCUUCGCGGAAGCUUCCGGGAAAAAAUUUACACUCGGCACUCGGGACCUACAGUAACCCAGGGUACUGUGGAUCAUGAGCGGCAGGAUACUAUAGACAAGCUACAGUACUCAAGAGAGGUACUGUAGGCGUGACCGCUUCGCGGAAGCUUCCUAUACACUCGCGCCUCUGGCGCUCGGAAAUUUAAAUUUUCAAAUUUCCCUGCUCAAAAACCACAUGGCCGAGGAUUUUCAAAAAUUCGGCCACGUGGAUUAUGAGCGGGAAAAUUUUGAUUUUUGAAUUUCCCCCCUGAAAAAAAACAGGUGGCCGAACUUUUGAAAAUUCUAGGCCACGUGGAUUUUGAGCGGACUCAGAGAUUCGCUGGCCAGCUCGCCACCAGAUCGCUGCGGCCACCUGGAAACCGCAUGGCCGCCAGGUCGCCUCGAGUUUUCCGGCGACGUGGCCUGUGUGUUUGAAAUUCUGGGAAGCUGGCAAGACAGUGGUUUGUACUAAAAACACUGCAUUUUCUUCUGUUUUUUUCACUUCCUAAGGUUUCAAGUGCUGCGAAAAAACAGAAAAUGAGCCAAAUUUUUCGAAAAUGCCUCAAUUCACAAGUUUUUCAGACAUUUUCAUGAAAAUUCAUUUUGACGCGGCGAAGUGGCCACCACAUGGUAGCCAUGUGGCCGUGACCUAGCCAGAGCCUGGCCACCUUGCCAGCGAAAAAAACCGGGCGACAUGGUUUCCAUGUGGUUCCCAGGUCAGCCAGCCUCCCCACCUGGUGGCGAGCUGGCCAGCGAAUCUCUGAGGAAAAUUUCAAAAAUUCAAAAAACAAAAAAAAAAAAGGUGGCCGAACUUUUGAAAAUUCUAGGCCACGUGGCUAAUUUUGCACGUAGAUCACGAAAAACCGCCCCAUUUUUUUGCAGAUUUUCGCCUAUCUCGGUCUAAUCGCCUCAAUUGCUCUCUCAUUUUAUCGUGCUCAUUUCUUGGCUCUUCCACCUGCUCCAAUGCUCACUUUGGAGCCCGUCGAGCUCUCCAAAACCCACCAACUUUUCGAUCAACUUUUGCUAUCGCCUGCCACGCGCAUUUCCACGUAUUGUAUUGGAUUUAUUUUCGGAAUUGGUUGCGCUAGCGCGUCGGAAGACUUGCGGCAACGCGGAUUGGCUUAUGUGAGUGGAAAUUUGCGAUUUUUUGACACCAAACAUGACAUUUUUUGGAUUACUGUAGUCUGAGGGGUACUGUAGGUGCAAAAUUACUGUAGAUUAUCAAAUUUGGAGCAUUUUGAGACCAAAAAUGACUGGGUUACUGUAGCUCUAAAAUUCUCUAGUUCAAAAUUUGGUAUCUUUCAAAUUGUACCCCCAAAAAUUGAAUUUUUUGGAUUACUCUGGAUCUAGGGGUACUGUGGGUGCGAAAUUACUGUAGAUUAUGAAAUUUGAAGCAUUUUGAGACCUAACAUGACUGGGUUACUGUAGGUCUGAAAUUCUGUAGAUCAAAAUUUGAUAUCUUUCAAAUUGUAUCCCAAAAAAUCGAUGUUUUCUGGAUUACUCUGGAUCUAGGGGUACUGUAGGUGCGAAAUUACUGUAGAUUAUCGAAUUUGGAGCAUUUUGAGACCAAACAUGACUGGGUUACUGUAGCUCUGAAAUUCUCUAGAUCAAAAUUUGGAUCCCCGAAAAUAUUGGAUUACUGUGGAUCUAGGGGUACUGUAGGUGGGAAGUUACGCUGAUCUACACAACAGUAACCCUGAGGAGAGUACUGUAGGCGUGACCGCUUUUGCGAAAAAAAUUUACAGUACCCCAGUCAUGUUUGGUCUCAAAAUGCUCCAAAUUUCAUAAUCUACAGUGAUUUCCCACCUACAGUACCCCUUAAACUACAGUAUUUCAAAAAAAAUUGAUUUUUUUCGGGGUACAAUUUGAAAGAUUCCCAACUUUGAUCUACAGAAUUUUGGAGCUACAGUAACCUUAUCGUGUUUGGUCUCAAAAUGCUCCAAAUUAUGGCGGGAAUUCAAAAAAUUUUGCAGAACCCCCACAAAAUUCUGGCUCUCCUCUGCCUUUUGACCGGAAUCUAUCCAUUCAUCGGCGCCUUUCAUUUCGCCAACACCAACGUCUACAGCAGCCCGAUUUUUGACACAAUUUACGCAUCGAUUCACAGGCCGUUUUGGGCUUUUUCACUACUUUCUUUCGUCUAUUUGUGUCAUCAUGGAGCUUUUGGUGAGUUUUGCUGGCGAAAUUUGAAAAUUGCGCGAGAUUUGGUGCAGAAUGACACCAAAUAUGACUAUUUUUGUGAAAAAAUUCAAAAAUCGGUAUUUUCCCGCCCAAAAACCAUGUGGCCGAACUUUUGGAAAUCCUAGGCCACGUGGAUUUUUCAUUUGAAAAUUCAAAUUUUCAGAAUGGCUCAACGCAUUGCUCAGCUGGCGCGUGUUUGCUCCCCUUUCAAAGGUGACGUGGAUUACCCUGGUUAUCGCGGAGCCCGUCAUUCUCUACUUCUUCUCCUCACUCAACAAACCAGCCCAUGCAACACAUUGGAGUACGGUAGGUGUCUUUCGUGGUGGGACCUGAAACUUGAUUUGCGAACGAGGAGCAGCGCAUUUAAAUAUGACGAUUUCCUCAAAUUUCCCAGAAGCGCGCGUGUGCGAGUGGUUAGCAGUUUUGCCUGCGAAGCAGAGGGUCGCGGGUUCUAGCCCACCCCAACGCACAACUUUUUUUUCAGAUGUACACCUCAAUCUCGGCCGCAUUUUUAUCCUAUUUUGUCGCCAUGUGCCUUGAUAUUUUCGUGACGAGACCAAUUCGAUAUUUGAUCUACCGAGAGCAGAAACAUCGUUAUGCUCAAGCUCACAUUUCAGAUGACAACAAACACUAA